AGAAGUCAGGGGUGCGUGUGACACCGUCCCAUCCAUGCCAUCUCAGGUGACAGCCCCUACGGACUGAGCAUGCCCAGAGGAGCACAGGAGCAGUAAGACCAGGCCUGUGAAGGAGUUGAGACAAGAUGAUGCGUCAAGCUUUAAGAUGAUGAGGCCCUGAGACCACUUACAUGGAAGAGCCAACACAAAACCAUGCAGCCUGGCCAAUAACAAACCAUGAGAAGUGUUCUCCUGAUGCUGAUGCUGUCAAUCACACAUGACCAGAGCCUUUCUUCAUGUCCAGCCUCCUGUGUUGUGUGCUCUGGCGACGCUGUCAUCUGCCACAAGCUCUCCAACAUCAUAGAGGCCCCUGAGACCACCAAGGCCCUGAUGCUGACCGAUGGCGCCAUCGUCUCCGUGGACCGUCACUUCCUGUCUGACAUGUCCAACAUGACCGUGCUGUCCCUGAGCCACAACGCCAUCGCCACCCUCACCCACGACGCCUUCCAAAACCUCACCAUCCUCCACACCCUCCUCCUGGACCACAACCGCCUCUCCAGCCAGGCCCUGGAAAGGGCCACCUUCUCCUGGCUGCCCAGGUUGGAGAUCCUCCAGCUGGGGAACAAUGUCCUGGGGGAAGUCAAAGGCUCCUGGUUCCACGCCGCCAGGGCCCUGCGGACACUGCAGCUGGGGGGGAACCGCCUCACCAGGCUGGACACCACCACCUUUGCCUCAGCCGACCUCCGGGGGCUGGAGACCCUGGAUCUGUCCGAUAAUCUGAUCACAUAUCUGGGGAGGGAUAGCUUUCGGGGCCUGCCGGGGCUCCGUAGUCUGGAUCUGUCCAGGAAUCAGCUCCGGAAAGCCCUGCCUGAAGCGUUUUCAUACCUGUCUUGGCUAACUAGUCUCAACCUGGAACUGAACAGGUGGAACUGUACGUGUGAGCUGAGGGAGCUGGCGUCUUUCCUCACCAGCUACAUGGAGGCUCCGGAUAAGGUGCUGUUCAACGGGCGUAGGAUGGUGUGUGUGAGUGCUGACAACCCGGCAGUGAAGACUGUGUUGGAGCUGACGGAGGCCAACUGUGUUCCACCCAAUCAGAACAUCACAGUGCAGGUGGAGGCCAAGAACUCAGUCUCUCCUCAGCGCUACACCAGAGACCUGGCUCUGGCCGCUGCCUUCUGCUUCGCUGGUGGUGUUGGACUCACCCUAGCUGUGGUGUACAUUUUUCACCACAAACUGGAGACGAAUAAGAGAGACCGGACUGGAGCUGAGGAGGAGGAGAAUAGGAGGACAGCACCCACCCAAACAGUCCCCCAGUGGGAUCUGAGCAGGGAGAACCAAGCCCUACACUUGGCUCAAAUGGGACUGGAAACCAAGCUGACGCUCCUCAAUAGCAACCAGCAAGGCAGCCACCUUCAGCCCUGGGAAAGGGAGAAAGCCAUGUAUGAUCUGAGGAUGGGUAAAGACGGCUGCCAUUUUACAUGCCCCCACUGUGGCCCUGCACUCACUGGGUCUGCAGUGGAACAGGGGGGAGGAGUUGGACACAUAGACGCGGCCCUGGACAUGCUCAGGCAGGGCGGAGCCCAACCUAAUAAGAUGGAGAGUCUGGCCAUGACAGAAGAGAGGGAUGAGAGGAGUAGACACGUGCCACCGCAAGCACUGAUCUCAAAGAUGAAAGAUCUAAGAGGUCAAAGGCCAUUUAACAGGAGACCAGAGGGUCAGAGCAACCAUACUCUCAGUCAUCAGGAGUUUCUCCAUCACCAACAGGGUUAUAAAAAACAUGGUCCUAAUAGCAACAACCAGCCAUUGGGUGGCAGCAACAGCUACUUUUCGCCUGAUCAAAGAAACAUGUCCACACAUAACAGUGUAAAAUAUGAGAUGGCAAGGCCUGGAAAUUACAUUGACAACAAACAGUCAAAUUUCUAUUUCCAACCAGAGGGUGGGAGACCUGUGACUGACUAUCAACCCCAAAUCACCAGCUGUGUGAACUGUCACAGAACCUAUGAGUACAGACAGCCAGGGGAUAAAGUCAGGGAUGUUUCAUAUGGACUCCAUGCAAGAGAAUCUGCUGGGUAUGAGGGAUUCCCCAUCCACAACCAACUGACAAGCCUAAAUAUGGGAAAGAACAUGAACUACAACCAGUCUAAUGUGGGCAUCUAUGCAAAGCAUGCAAGUGAGCAGAGGAGUGUGACUUUUGACUUGGAAAGAUCUGGAGUGCAUGUCGUUGAUGUACAAAAGAUUAACCGUGAUAGGGAAGGCAAACAUGACAGGAUUCAAAGUUCUAAGAAUGUGGAAUAUAGUGACAAGCAGACCCUGAGCUAUGAAGGCACUGGACGAUCUGUGAGGAAUAAUGCUCUUGAAAGAGAAGACCACUCCAAAAGGCAUAAACAUAAAGUCCAGUCAAAUGGUUUACUAAAAGUAAAGCUCAACCUUAACCCACUUAAGAAAAGCAAGGUCCAUCCAAGGAAAAACAGCCGCGAGAAACUAGAACAAGGUGAUAGAGAACGAACCAACUCCAAGAACCGAAAACUGAAAACGAGGGUUAAAGAUGUCAAAGGCAAAAGGCACCACCAGGAUGAGUCUAAAGGAAAAACAGACAUAUCCAAUAAAGGAAACUCGACUCCCAAAAACAAAGCCAAUCAGUCAUCCAAAAAUAAAUCUACCACCAGCAAGUCUAAAGAAACUGAUGAUAAUUAUGAAGAUAAUGAGUCAGAAGAGGAGGAAGAUAAGGAAGGCCACAGAAAAACAAGGCAUCCUCCAAGCAAAACAGGAACACCAGGAAGGCUCGAAUUACCAUCCCAAUGAGAGUAGAGCUGCUCAAGAUCAGAAGAAGGCCAAUGUCUCACAAAAUAGAACUGGAGGAGUAACAAAGGAAUCUGGUGGAGCACCUAUACCAAGUAAUUUGAGUCCUUACCAGUCAGACCCCAACAGAGCUGGUGGUAGUUCAGCCAAUGGGCAACAAGUGAAACAAUACAAAAAUGGACAGGGCCAAGCACUAAUCCCUGAGGUACCCCAACACCCCCGUUACCUAGGCGAUGGAGUGACUCUUCAGAGGGCAUUGAGUAACCCACAACUGUCAACAGCACACCCCCUCACAGGAAUGGAAAGGACUUCCAGUUACAGUAAAAAAACACAAACAACUGUACAUUCAAUAUUUGUCAGCCAAUGCACUUACUCAACCUGUCAUCCUAUUUGUAACACCUGAUUCAAGGGGUUAUAAACUAUUUAAUGCUGAAUUUUUGUUACGUGUGUACACUGGAAGAUGACUUGUAUUUCUAUUAAUUCUGUUUUACACAAAUAAACAAAUAAAAAUAAACUUGGAAAUAAAACGUGCCCUGUCCUCAAGUGUCCUGAAUCCUUAUUUUAAGUUACACAUGUUGGUUUGGGUUACAUUUGGCACAGGGUAGACACAUGGCAGUGUUUACGGUUUAGUUUGACAGCCCUACUGACCCCUAAAUCCACUCCAUUGGGUUUAGGCUUACACAAGGUGACUGUUGUGAAGGGUCAUGGCACCCCUACAGGACUCUAUUUGCUUCCAAUUAGCCUUAAUCACCUCCUCUACUUUUUCACUUCUCUGUUUCACCAUAUAAACAGCUUUCUUCUCCCUGAGCACUAGUAAUGGUUCAUUGGUGAUGCCACGGGGCAGCCCUUUUCCUCCCUUCCGUUUGUGCGUGAUAUGAGAAAGUGCCUAUUUAACAUGUUGUUGGAGAUACCACUACAUCCUAAAGCACAUCCUUGUUAUCCACAUCCAAUCCAAUCUCCAAGACCUUACAAGCCACAACUCCUAACCCUAUCCUAACCGCCAUCCAAACCCUCCCCCCAUGUGCUCUGUUCGUUCCUAUGUUCAACUGUGUGUGUGUAAUAAAUACCCCUAAACCUGGAUUCCUGCUCCAUCUCCUUAUUUGCAUUCUGACUGAUGCACCAUUAUAGCAAGAACAGUCCUGAACCCAGUCCAUUCUAGCCCUAGUCCUUUUCUUCAGUGACACUUCAUUAUAAGGCUUUGUAGCUCAAUAAGGGGCUCUAUUUCUAGGUAAACUAUUAGGGGCGGUUUCCCAGACAGAGUUUAAUUUAAAUCAGGACUAGGCUAAUUCUACUUAAAUUAAUCCAGAUUUUAAAAAAUGGCUUUCUGAGACGUUGC